AUGUUUUAUAGCAGAAGGAAGAAGUUCAGUGUCUACAAGGACUACUUUGCCAACGAUGUAUUGUUGAGUGAUGUUACAUUUAAUCAACAGGAAAGCACUCCAAAACAAAGGGGAUCAAAAGUGAAAACUGCUGGUAGAGAUGGUGACGAAGAGAUUGAAGAUAUAUUCACUCUUGGGGAUAUAACGAAUGUUGCUGAUCAUGUUGUUACUACUAGAAAUCAAUCACCGUUAAAGAAAGUUGAUGAAAAGGAUAAGAAGAAAAUAGAGGAUCCACCAUAUAAAGUUGUUAAACCACAGCGGUCCAAGUCUAGGUCAAGAUCUGGCUCGAGAUCAACUUCCAGAGGUAAGAAGGAUAAGAAACUGUCCACUAAAUCAAGAAAGAAGAAGGAAAAGAAGAAACUAGAACCAAGACCCACUGUAUUUGAUACCAUGCCCAAGGCUAAAGCCAAAUCAGUACUGGAUACUAAUGUUGAACUGGAAGUAACUAAAGAUGGUUUAAAUGAUACACUUAUGGAAGAAUUUGAAGAUGAUGCACAUGCUUUUGAAAUCGGACCUAAAUCAAAUUCAUCUUUAGAGAUUGAAGACGUUCCUUUUAUAUUGACCAAAAGUUCCAUCCCAUCAUUACAAUUAUCAGAAUUUUAUCAACCACCACAGUCAACUUCAACUCCAUUUAAUAAUACUUUCCAAGGAUUUGGUACCCUGAAACCUCUUACCCCAAGAACAAGUACCCCAUUACCAGUGAGACCAUUAGGAUAUUCCACUCCACUAUUCCAUUUCAGCCCUGAUGAUAUUGAUCUUGAUGAAAAUUCAUUAUCAGAUCUGAGUAUAUAUGGUGGAUCAAUUUCCAGAAUCAUAGGUAAUGAUAGCCCUUUAAGCAAUAAGAAUACUGGGGAUGAUGGAUUAUUUGGUAAUAUCAAUUCUUUAUCAUAUAAGUUGAAGAAUAGCAUCUCAUUGAAAGAAUCAGAUAAAGUAUAUAAUGAUGUUGAUAUGUCUGAUCCACCAAGAGAUGAUAUGGAUGAAGAUGAAUCAAUCAAUGACUUUAAUAUAUCAGAAGAUAAACAUAUGGAUUCAUCACAUAAUUCUUCAAAUGUUACUGAAGCUGGUACAAUAAGCACAUUACCAAACAAGAGUAUACUAAAACCUCCAAAUUCAUCUUCAGAUAAACCCAAGAAAAAUGUCCGUAUCGAUGAGAGUACAUUAUAUACUUCACUGCAUGAUGAUUCAAAGCCACAGGUGACUAGAUUCAAGAGGAAGGCCGAGAAUGAUGUGGGUAAUUCAAAAUCUAAUAAGAAAGAAAAAAAUCAUAAUAAAGCUCAAUUUAAAUAUGAUGAGCUUUUGGCAUUAUGUGGGAAAGGUAAAGAUCCAUUAGAUUUGAUUUCAAAAUAG